AUGAGUUCCACAAGGAUAAUGGAUACUAAAUUGCGAGAGGCUGAAGGAUGUGAUGAGGACAAUUCAGGAAAGAAAAAGUCAAAGUUCAAAUCUUUCAAAAAGUUCUUUGGGAAAAGGAAAAGGAAAGAGACCUUACCAUCUUCAGGGAGCAUCACUCUGAAACCAUGCCAGUCAGCUAGUGAUGUCACAGUCCCAGAGUCCAUGCACAUUGACUAUGAUUCUGAAGAUGAACUUGAGACCCACACAGGUAUUAUGGGAAGCAGAGCGUUAUCACAUGACAGCAUUUUCAUUCCUGAGCCUGUGCAAGAGCCUGCUAGGCCCGUACGAGUGUUUUCUCAGGAAAAUGUUUCCGAUCGGAUUAGAGCUUUGCAGUUGAAACUCCAACAUAGCAUGAAACUGGGGCCUCCUCCUCCAUUUGGAAUUCAUGCAAAGCGGAUAGAUGAUGCUGGGACUAGCUCUGAAGAUGAUGGGUUACCCAAGAGUCCUCCAGAAAUAUCUUUGCUACAUGAAAUUCUAAAUUCCAGCACAGCAACAAGGUUCUCUGACUCUCACAAGCACCCUAGCUCUUUGAGUUUAGCUGGAACAGGCAGUGAAGAAGAAGAACAGGUCACUUCAGGUCCUUCUUCUAGGCCCCGCUCUACAGAAGGCCAACUAUUCCCUAGGCAUGCAAGUGCUAAAACUAUAUCUCCCCGAACAUCUGACAGCAGCAUCUCGCCUGCAGCUGAUUUUGACACUCCGCCUGAAUUCUCCACUUGCUUAGAUAAUUCUGCUGCUAAACACAAGCUUUUAAUAAAACCACGGAACCAGAGAUCUAGUAAAAUGAGAAGACUUCCUUCGCGGACCCACUCAGAGUCUCUGAAUGACUUGAGCUGCACCCCAGAAGAAGAGGAGCACGAUGGAAGAGAGAUGCUGACAGACUUGACAUGUGAAGUCUUCACCACCAGCCAUCAGAAAUUGACACACAGCACAGCUGUGACAAGUGACGUGGCCUCCUGGCAGAGACCUGAAAUGCCUAAAGACUUUCCCCAUGGCUCGAGACACAGAGACGAAAGGCCUCCCACACGGCAGUUCACUUCUGAGUCUGCCAUUGUACAGGAAGCCUCGUUACAUGAGAAUAAUCCUGACGGCUGCCAAACUACACUGGAAUUAACGCAUUCUGAGUCAGAUUAUCCUUCUUCUUUAGAGCCUAAAGAAAACGUAAUCACCCUGUAUCCCCCUCCAGAUAGAGAAGCACAAAGGGAAAAAGAGCCCCCUGGAACACUAAGUGUGUCCACCGGGAACGUAUGUGAUGUGUCAGUUAAUACUUUAAAUCAAGAAAAUAAACAGUUUCUUAAUGGGUCUUCAGUGAAUAACCUGCUGUCUGAAGAGUAUACUUCAACCAAUACUGGCAGUUUUUCUUGUUUGGGAGGGCCAGAAAAAAAUGUACAGAAGGAUGGUCAGAUACCCAUGGAAACUUCCUGUAAUAAGGAAACAAAGGAGUCUGCAGCAUUGCCAGCUUCCAGCAAGCAGUUACCUGAAGGGUCUUCUCAGCUCACAGACUCACCCUGUGUUUCCUCUGAUAUCCCACAGCCUGCUUUGUCAUCACAGCUGGGGUCAUCUGCUUCCUGGUCUCUGGAGCAAACUACGCCCACUCAAGAACUAGCUGCAUCUGACAAGGAAAACAAUCAGUCCCUGGGACACAGGGAGGCAAUUUUGGGGGGGAAAACGGAGAAAGCUGCCAAUGAACUCAGCACCUUGCGAAAAUUUUCAGUGUCAUCAGCACGGGAGAGACCAGGGGCUGGCAGCCUCCACCUGAAAGAAAACUCAGAAUGUGAAAGUCCAUUAAAUACCAAAUUACCCCUGUCAAAAACCAAGCUCUCCUCAAGAAAUGAGAAGUUGAAAGAGGAUGUGCAGGUGGGCUUGGAUCUACAGGAGGAAAAAAAUAGCAUUAAAAAGCAGGUGUCGCUGGCAGAUUCUGACUCUGAGGUCACGGGCAAAGCAGCAGACACAAUGGUGGCUGGCUAUGUUUCUCAGGCCAUUGAUGCAAUUCCAGUGGUAUCCCAGUGCCAACCAGGCAGUGAAGAUAAAAGUCCUUUUCAAGUAAAGCUUAGAUCCACUUCACUGUCCUUGAACUACAGAGACAGCUCUUCACCAGAGUCGAAGGGGUUUAAAAGAUACAGUGCAGAAAUUAAUUUAGAAAAAGAGGGAUUGGCAUCACUUCUAAAAGGUGAAAAGGCACAGAUCAAAAAAACAGCUGAUGUAAAUAUCAAUGGCUCUGUGAAUGACAACAUAAAAUCUAAAACAAAGUCCUCUGAACAGCUUAGCACAAAACCUCCAUUGCCUAGAAAGCCUGUUUUGCAAAAUGUAACUAAUGCAAACAGUAACGUGGAAAAGCAGGAAAAAGUCACAAAAUCUCCUGAAUCCAGAAGUAAAGACGGAGACUUGGAGAAAAAAUCAUGUCCUUCAAAAGUGCCUGAGAAGACUGUGCCUUCCCCAGUGAUUACAGCAGACUCUGCAGGAGGAACUGACAGCCAGUCAAAGCCAGCCUGGAUUACUAUAGCAAGACAGAUGCAGAGGGACAUACAACAGGAGCCAGAGCCUACUAAAGAAGAGAAACUUGUGGCUCAAGAUGUUAAGUCAGACACAGAAAAACAAAAUAAGGAGAAGGAAAGAAUGGAGGGGUCAAUGAAGCAACAAGCAGACUUCAUCAGGAGCAAACCUUCACAUUUAGCACCUAAAACUUCUUCUGAAGAACAGAGGAAUGAGACAAAGUCUGAUGUGAACGAGCCACUGCCAAGAGCCAACUCGCUGUCGCAUCAUGUCCCUGCUCAAUCCUCAGUGCUGACAGAGAAAGAAGAAAUGAACCAGUUUAAGAAAGUCAGUCACUCUGCUCCAGAUCAGCCAUCAUGGAUGGAACUUGCCAAAAAGAAAUCCCAAGCUUGGAGUGAUAUGCCACAGAUUAUAAAAUAG